AUGCUCUGCCUUUCACUCACCCUCCCCAUGCUCUGCCUUUCACUCACCCACCCCAUGCUUCGCCUGCCCGUCCGCAGGAUAGACGAUCCGCUGCUGUGGGGCGGGCAGAGGGGCCUGCGCAUAAGAGACCCCAAGCUGUGCCGCUGGACGCUCACUGCCUCGGAGAUCUGCUUCACCGGCCUCCUCGACUCCUACAUCUUCCGCAUCGGCAAGAGCAUUCCGAUAACGCGCAACCAAGGAGUGUUCCAGCCAGGCAUGGACGAGGCGCUGCUGCGGUUACAGCAGGGCGACUGGCUCAACAUCUUCCCAGAGGCGAGAAUCAUACAGCAGCACGGCCCCCUCCCGCGCCUCAAGUGGGGCCUCGCCAGUCUGCUGGACCGCCUCUGCCCCUCGCUGCCCCCGCCCAUCCUGCUCUGUGUGGGGCACAGCGGCCUUGAGCGGAUUCUCCCUCAGAGCUACCGCAACACCAAGCGGCCGUUGAUUCCGCUGUGGAACCAGCGAAUCCUCCCGCAGAACUACCGCAACAACAAGCGGCCGUUGAUUCCGCUGUGGAACCAGCGUGUGAGCGUGGUGGUGGGCGAGCCCUUCUCCUUUGACCUCCCCUCCCUGCGCCAGCAAGCCAAGCAGGCCCAGCCGACAUUUGGCGCUGACGCUCUUAUCCACUCGCCCGAGGUGCUGACUCAGCGGUUACAGGAGCUGAUGCAGCGUGGGUUACGGUCAGAACGAGAAGGAAUUGACCAUAGAUUGGAGACGAGAGCUGGAGACAGCGCAGGAGAAGGAAGGAUUGUGAAUGAGGAAGUGAGGGAGGAGGUGAGGGAGGUAGAGAGGAAGGUGGAGGCAGACAGGAAGGCGGAGGCAGGAGCGUUGAGGAGGAGGAUUGAGAAUGUGAGGGCGGUGGGGAGUGAGGAGACAAGGCGCAUGUAUGCUCAUAUGAUGGAGCAGGUGCGGCAGAGAUUGGAAGCAGUGGUUUUUGAGGCACAUGACAGGCAGCGGCGCAUGAAGUAA